AUGGAACAUCAAUUAUUUAUCCACUGUGAAUCAUACCUCAUUAUCAUAUGCCGCCGGUGCAAGCACGCUGUGUGGCCAACAGAGAUUGAACGGCAUCUGAAAGGCAAGGCCCAUCAGCUAAAGCAUGCGGUGGUUCAGCAGAUAAAGGAGAACAUUGAACAGUGGGACAAUGUGGCUCGAGAUACUACACAGUUAACACUGCCCACAAUACUGAAUGAACCAAUCCCGGAACUACCCAUUCAAGAUGGCUACAGGUGCCAGCGGGAUCCCCAGUGCCAGUAUGUGGCAGGGAACAUGAACACCAUGCGCAAGCACUGGCAGAACAAGCACAGCUGGUCGCCAUAUCCCAGCCGUGGCCGUACAGCGCCACAAAAGCGUACGGCAGCACAGGAUGAGGUGGACAGAUCAUGCCAGAAGGUGCAGUUCCAGCAGAUAUUUGCAUCGCGCAAGGGCUCCCACUACAUACAGAUCCAGACUAAGGAGACUACUGAGCAUACCGGCACGCCAGACCAGAACAGAGCCAGCCAGGCCAUUGAUGAGCUGGAGCGAUUUUACCAGGAACAGCAACGGCAGACCAGCAAUGUCAUCCAGGCCGGGGAGCACGAUGAAGCCAACCCAUGGCUGCGGCGGACCAGAUGGCCGGUGUACUUGACCAACAUCGCACCCAAUGAUCUGGUCAACUGCGUCCAGCGGCCCGACGAUGACACCACGUGCCCAGAUGAACUGGCCGCGAGGGCCAUCUGGGAGGCCAUGGGUCAGGUUGCCCGUACCAGCCAGCGAGUCAUCACACGGCUGGGCCACUUCGUCCGCAUCGAGGCCAUCCGCACAGAGCGACACCAGACCCGGCACACCCCGUUGCAGGCGUACAUGGACUACGGGCGCCGACAUGAACAUGUUCCACCCUAUACCGGAGGGGAGAAUACCCUCGGAAUUGGUGACCUUCUUUCUGUCCCAAUCGUUGUUGGUGAUGUUGCCUGCUCUCUGGCUGACAAGGGCCACUGCUUUCUCAUAUUUGAAGACGAACGAGUUAUAGUGAAACAAGUGCCAGAGCUGUGGAAGGCAACACACAGCACGGUG